GGACAUGGAUCGUCGUAGGGAAGAUGCCAGAAACCCCAAGCGCAAGCCUCGCUUGAUGGAGGAGGAUGAAUUGCCAUCUUGGAUUAUUAAGGAUGAUGCUGAAGUUGAAAGGCUCACAUGUGAGGAAGAGGAAGAGAAAAUAUUUGGAAGAGGGUCCCGUCAGCGCAGGGAUGUGGACUAUAGCGAUGCUCUUACAGAGAAACAGUGGCUACGGGCAAUUGAAGACGGCAAUUUGGAAGAAAUGGAAGAGGAAAUCCGGCUUAAAAAACAGAAGAGACGAAGAAAUUUGGAUAAGGAUUCUGGGAAAGAGGAUGGGGAGAAAGCAAAGAAAAGAAGAGGCAGACCUCCUGCAGAGAAGUUGUCACCCAACCCACCUAAAUUGACAAAACAGAUGAAUGCCAUUAUCGAUACUGUGAUAAACUACAAAGACAGUUCAGGACGGCAGCUAAGUGAAGUCUUCAUUCAACUCCCAUCUAGAAAAGAAUUACCAGAGUAUUAUGAAUUAAUUAGGAAACCAGUGGACUUCAAAAAAAUAAAGGAAAGAAUUCGUAACCAUAAAUAUCGGAACCUCAGUGAUCUGGAGAAAGAUGUCAUGUUGCUGUGUCACAAUGCUCAGACAUUCAAUUUGGAGGGAUCACAGAUCUAUGAGGAUUCCAUUGUUCUUCAGUCUGUAUUCAAAAGUGCACGACAGAAGAUUGCCAAAGAAGAGAGUGAGGAUGAAAGCAACGAUGAUGAUGAUGAUGAUGAAGAGGAGUCAGAGUCAGAAUCAAAAUCAGUGAAAGUCAAAAUCAAGCUGAACAAGAAGGAUGAAAAAAGCCAGGACAAAGGCAAAGGCAAGAAGAGGCAAAGCCGAGUAAAAGCCAGGCCUGUUGUGAGUGACAAUGACACUGAUGAGGAUCAAGAUGAAAACGACCAGUCAGAAGCAAGCAGAAGUGAUGAUGAGUAAUUCACAGAGUUUAUUUUCUUGGCAGAACUGACCCCAUCCCCUUCCCUCAUUUUACAACCACUGAAUUCAUUUUGUCAAACAGACAUUGGGUUGUAUUCUCAUCCUCUAUAAACUAGCUCUAGGAUAGUGCCUGACAAACAUAUGAUAUCAUAGUGUAAAAAAGGAAAAAAGUAACAUACUGUGACCGAAUGGGACUCAAAGAUUUUUUUUUUUAAAUCUCCAAAUCAACAAAAAAGCUUUUGAUGAAAAAAUGUGCAUUGAUAGUAUAUUUCUCUGGGUUGGGUUUCCUUGGUAAUGGUUUCAUUGUGCCUGGUUUUAUCAUUUGAUGUUUUCAGUGUCAUCAGAAAAACAAAAAAAAUGUCUUUUGUAGCAUUGAUAACCAGGAGAAGCCAUAAAAAGCCACUGGUUAUUUUAUUUUUCAUCAGGCAGUUUUCUGCUCUAUUGUUUUUUUACACUGUGGUGCAUAUAUGCAACUUUGUUUAAUAGCUUAUAAAUGUACAGUAGUUAGCCUUUACCUCACCUUGUCCUGUAUACAUUUUUUCACUUUAUGCUUGAUGAUCUUCAGAAAAAUGCUUUUUUGAAUUGUAGCAAAUUUAUGUGUACUGUAAACUUUGCUAAACUUUUCUCCUCUUGAUUAAAAACAAUGGGUUGAAAAAUGUUUUAGAAUAUUGCAAUCUAUAUAGUGUAAUGAAUGGCUUCUUUCAUCAAACUGAUCUUCUAUGUUACCGGUGUGAAUUCUCACCUUUUCCCUAAAGUGUACUUAAUCUUUGCUUUCUUUGCACAAUGUCUUUGGUUGCAAGUCAUAAGCCUGAGGCAAAUAAGAUUCCAGUAAUUUUGAAGAAUGUUGUAUUGGUUCUUUCCUAAUAAAGGGAUAAU